AGCCGGCGGGAUGCAUUUUGUCAACAAACCAAAAUUAUGGAGGAAACUAAAAUAACAGAUCUAAUAGACAUUAGAGCUCCCGACUUGACUUUUGCACAGCUCAAGGCUGUUCUUAAGCACUUGCGUCCUCUACAGCGCUACAGUUUUUGCGUGGAGGCUUGUGAGGAGCGCAAUGUGGAUAAGUUGUACGCGGGUUUUCUGAAGAUGCUGAUAGGAAAUCUCAGCAUUGAGGAGGUGGUGGCCCUCUACUCCGCAACAAUUGGCAUGUUCCUGCUGGAGGAGAGCGAGUUCGAAACACCAAGUUACCGACGGUUGGAGCUUCUUAACGCGGCCUUCGCAUUUUCGGAUACCCUAAAGCCAACGAUGGUACAUUAUGCAACCGUGGAGAUACUCGAAAGCUUAAAAAUAAGCAGUAGCGACGAGGAGCAACACUUUAUCUACCUUUUAGAGACGAUCCCGCAUAUUGUUGUGGCCAGCGAUACCGGCAAGAUGAUAUCCCUCGGACUGCUUCGCACUAUCAUAGCCAAACUUUCCGGCUGUCAAAUCAUCCUGCAUAUUUAUCGCACUCUGUGGGAAGCCUGGGAGAUGAUAAAACAAGUUAGCCAGAAUGCAAUCCUGCUAGACUGGUCGCUGCGAAGGACGUUCAUCCUGUUUAAGGCCUUCGCCAUGCUCACAGCCACCGCUGCCCUAAACUCCGGUAACCAAGAACUUAAGCAGGCCGGUUAUAGGGGCUUUAAUAUGCCCCCCGAAGUGACUGAAAUUUCAGACUGGUUCAAAACCCUGAGGGAUCGGCUUGAAGAAAAGCACAAGGAGCUCAAAUGCAGGGAAGGGCUAAUGUUGGUGCGGUUUGUGGACCAAAACAUCCUCGCUUACCUCACAGAAACCGGCAACGAGUCCACCUCCGAAGUGGGAAACGAGGCCAAUGCCGAAGCGGGGAACGAGACCACCUUAUAGGUUAUAGUAGCAUGUUAUUUAUUAAAGUUUAAUAUAGAUAUUCGAAUGUUUUA